GUAUACUUCCCUAAUCUAGAACUUUACUUCCCGCUUUGAAAACAUAACAUUUUCAUUUCACUCAAAAAGCUUCGGAAAUUCAAAAUUGUUCAUAUUUUGUUCUGGUUUUUCCUCAGCGCGUUUUAUUCACAACUUGUAUUGUUAAAACACAGACUUUUACAGAAUACUUUCUUCACGAUGAGGACCAAUGGUGCUUUACUGGGAAAAUGUACAUCGAAACGUGUUAGCAUGAUUGGAACUGUCCAAGUUGUAUUACCGAAUAACAUGGCGUUCAAUAUUCUAUCCGGUGAUAGUUUCAAUAUAACAGUCAACCUGAAAGAACCAUUGACAGAAAACGUAACUGGAUUAGUCGAAGUUCAUGGAAUUGCCAAGGGUCCGUCAACCAUUGAGUGUGAUUAUUAUAUACUAUUUCCAGUCGAGUUAGCUAAGACAUACGAUGCAACUGUAGAUAAUGAAGCUGUGAAUCUAGGAUAUCAUAUCGCCAAUGCCUGGCACUGAAGUUCCAUUUUUAUUAUUAUUUUGUUACCUAUGUAAGUUCUUUCGUUCAUUUUAUUAUUACUUGAAAUUUGUUGAUUUUCUGAGUAAUUCGAUGCACUAUUUUUCCCCUUUGGAAUAAACAUUAUUUUAAUGAAAAACUUCUUGAAAAGUCGAUUGAUUUUGUGCAUUUUAUUCGUAAUAAAAAGCUGUUAUAAAAUAUGUAAUUUACUAUUUAAAUGAUAAAUGAACUUUUAUUUUAUAUAUUUUUUCAUCUACAAAAUCAAAUUUAUACUCCUGUGAUUAAGACAAAUAACAAAACAUUUCAUAUAAAAAUAUUAAAUUGUUUCAAUUUGAAGAUGUUUAACAUAAGGUACUCUUAAAUUAUUAUUUAACAAAAAAAUGUUCAUAUCAUACCUUUAUAAAGUAAAUAAAUUUAUGUAAAAUGGUUAA